AUGCAUCGGCAGCAUGAUGCUGAGCGUAUGCGAGUACAUGCGAGGUCCAGACGGUCGAUGAUAAAGGAUGUUGACAACAUGCGCCUACCAGUUGCAGCAAAUGGGAUGGAAAGCAUUCAGGAUGAAGCUGAUGACUUAGUGCUGUGUCUACCAUCACCUCAACAAGAAGAAGAAGUUAUCUGUAAGGAAAAAUUUGAGAUCCGAAGAUCUGGUUCCAAAGCAGGCAGUAAUUCCAGUCAUCGUAGUGCUAGUAGCAGUAUUUACGACUAUUUAGAUACAUUAGAGAGCGAGGGUGCAGCUCGGUUGCCUUUGCUAGAGAGUCGUGCCGUGAGUGCACCUUCGUAUCCAACUAGGCGUUUUCGAAGGACGGCUGAUGAAUUUGGACGGGUCGACACCGCGAAGCGGCCCAACAGUAGCAGCAAUUUUGGCGAUAGUUUUUCUCCAAAACGUUGUAGCUCAACAAUCAGUAAUCAAACCGAGAACAGCAAUACUCAUCAAUAUUACGUUGGCAUCAAGGAAAAGCUGGCGACGAUCACGAUCGAGUUGAAUGACAAGACAAAAACUAUUGAGUUGCUUACGAUGGCCCGCAAGAAAGAUGCUGCAAAGACGAAGCAAUUACUAGAAGAAGCUGAAGAGCACUCGAAGCAGGAGUUUGCUGCUCAGCAAGAAAAGUUCAACAAGGAGCUGGAAAAGCAAAUGGAUUUUUCUCAAAAACUUGUGACGGAAAAGUCCGAGCUAGCAAAGCGUUGUAAUGAGUUGGUGGCCGAGAUUCAAGAAGCAAAAGCUAACAAUGCACGCGAGGUGGAGCGCUUCAAAUUGAAGCUUAAGGAUGCUAAAGAGAGAUGGGUAGCGCAAGAGAAGAUCCGACGAGAGCAAUGGAUCGUCAAAAAGACUGAGGAGAUCAAAAAGUUGACUGUCGCAGCGCUUGAGCCCGAUAUUCAGGUCAUUCUUUCGAAAGGCAAAACAGAUCUUGAGAAGGCGCGUGAGGCUGCCAGCGAAGAACGCCGUAAUUUGCGAGUGCAGCUUGAAAAAGAGCGAGAUGCCACAUUGCAGCGCCUGAGAGACGAAUAUGAGCGCAAGCUUAUUGAGGCACGAGAGAAAGAGCGCGCGAAGCUAAUGCUACGUUUAGAUGCUGCGGAUGCUGAAUUACAGCAGCAGCUCACUAGUCAGCGUCGACGGCUGCAAGAGGAGGCUGAGGCAACACGCGAUGAGCUGUAUGGUGAAUUACGUGCUGCAAAGUUGGCUCAUACCAAUGCUCUCGAUGGACUCAAGGAACGGCAUCAAUUGGAACUACAAGCUGCUGCUGAACAUUUGCGCAAAGAGAAACAAGAAUUGAUAGCAAAAUAUGAGCACGAUUAUAUCGCCCUGCGCGAACAAACGAGCGUAGAGUGUGAGAAGUUUAAGGUGCAACUCACAAGCAAGCUACGUGAUGAAAUUAACAAAGAAAAGCAAGAGAUGGAGAAGCAGAUGUUGCGGUCACGCGAUGCGAAGAUCGAGCUAGUGAUUGAAAAGUUGCAGGAAGAAAGUCGGCAGAUGGUCGAGCGAGCUGAAUCGAAGGCGCUGAAGAAGUUUAGCCAGGAGCGUUUGGAAUAUGAGCGUAAGCUUAGACAAACGGGCGAGAUCGAGGGCAUAUGGAUGGAGAAAAACCGAGAAUUGCAUGAGAGACUGAAUACACUAGAGAAGGCUCAUGAUAAGCUUAAGCGCGAGAACGAAGUUCUUAAGCAUGAUUUACGCGAGGCAAGCGAAAAAUCAUCCGACUUGGCACUUCGGCUAAAUGAAGAGCGGCAGUUGCAUGAACACUCAAUGGAACAGGCAGAGAAUCGCUGUAGCUCUUUACAGACAGAAACCGAGUACACAAAGCAACAGCAGAGCGUCGAAAUAACAGCACUUCGUGAAAAACAGGCAAUGUUGGAAAGUCACUUUCAGCAACAAGUCCAGAAACUACGAAGUGAGCACGAUACGGCUCUUGACAAUCUACACGAGCGCGUUAGGUCAACAGUGGCACGUAAAGAUCAGACAAUCUCUGAAUUGCAGGAAGAUUUGCAUUUAUUACAAGUUAAACUUGAAAAAAGCCAAGCUAUCAUCGAAGAACAACGGCUGCAGCUUUAUAGUAAAUAG